CAGACCGUGCCGGGCCGGGGAAGAGCUCUGUGAGUCCGCGGGCGCAGGCCGGAGAGCCGAGCACGGCCGAGACCCGUCCGCUUCCGCGCCCGGAGCGCCACGCUCCCCCGCGCCCCGACGAAGCCGUCCUCGCCGCUGCCGCCAGCGGGGGACCGCGCUCCCGGCUCCCGGGGCGGACGGAGCUGCGGAGCACGCAGGGCGCGCCGGGAGAGUGCUCCAGAGGCGGCGUGCGCGCAGGAGCGGCGGCGGCGGCCUGCAGGCGGCGGACUUCGGCGCGGCUGCUGCUCGGGGCGACCUCCGGGAGCGCCGGGAGCGCUCAACGAUGAGGGCGCGGCCGCAGGUCUGCGAGGCUCUGCUCUUCGCCCUGGCGCUCCACACCGGUGUGUGCUAUGGCAUCAAGUGGCUGGCACUGUCCAAGACUCCAGCAGCCCUGGCACUGAACCAGACGCAGCACUGCAAGCAGCUGGAGGGCCUGGUGUCUGCGCAGGUGCAGCUCUGCCGCAGCAACCUGGAGCUCAUGCGCACCAUCGUGCACGCGGCGCGGGAGGCCACCAAGGCCUGCCGCAGGGCCUUCGCCGACAUGCGCUGGAACUGCUCCUCCAUCCAGCUCGCCCCCAACUACCUGCUUGACCUGGAGAGAGGUACCCGGGAGUCAGCCUUCGUGUAUGCCCUGUCGGCUGCCACCAUCAGUCACACCAUCGCCCGGGCCUGCACCUCUGGCGACCUGCCCGGCUGCUCCUGCGGCCCUGUCCCAGGUGAGCCACCCGGGCCUGGGAACCGCUGGGGAGGAUGUGCGGACAACCUCAGCUACGGGCUCCUCAUGGGGGCCAAGUUUUCCGAUGCUCCUAUGAAGGUGAAAAAAACAGGAUCCCAAGCCAAUAAACUGAUGCGUCUACACAACAGUGAAGUGGGGAGACAGGCUCUACGUGCCUCCCUGGAAACGAAGUGUAAGUGCCAUGGAGUAUCUGGCUCCUGCUCCAUCCGCACCUGUUGGAAGGGGCUGCAAGAGCUCCGUGACGUGGCCGCUGACCUCAAGACCCGCUACCUGUCGGCCACAAAAGUGGUACAUCGUCCUAUGGGCACCCGCAAGCACUUGGUGCCCAAGGACCUGGAUAUCCGACCUGUGAAGGACUCAGAGCUAGUGUAUCUGCAGAGCUCCCCUGAUUUCUGUAUGAAGAAUGAGAAGGUGGGAUCUCACGGGACCCAAGACAGGCAGUGCAACAAGACCUCCAACGGCAGUGACAGCUGCGACCUCAUGUGCUGUGGGCGCGGCUACAAUCCCUACACGGACCGGGUGGUGGAGCGGUGUCACUGCAAGUACCACUGGUGCUGCUACGUUACCUGCCGCAGGUGUGAGCGCACGGUGGAGCGCUACGUGUGCAAGUGAGGACCCGCGCCCCGCCCCCGUGGAAGGGGGCUGCUCCUCUGAGGACCCACGGACGGGCCUGGCGAACUUCCCUGCAGAUCUCAGAUGCCAGGCGCGGGAGGUGGCUUGUGCUGUGACUCCACUUGGAAGCCACCAGGAACAGGAGGCCUGGUCGCCCUGGGAGGGCCGGGGCAUCAAAGGAAACUGAUAGGAUUAAAAAUAACCUGGCAGCCUGGGGCCCGAGUGCCCGCAUGCUGCCUUCCAGGCUGCUCCAAGAAGCCAGGGCAGGGACGGAUAAGACUGUGUGUAUUUGACCUUUCAAGGCCAGAAAGACCAGCCUUCUGGAAUGUCCUUUGGGACCCUGUGCCCACCACAUGGAACCACUAACUUGGGUUGUAAAUUUCUAUUCUCCUUCCCCCGCCCUCCUCUGGGAUGUGGGAGCUACAGAAAUAUUUAUAAAAUACAGCUUUUUUCUUUGGGGUGGCUCACUUCAAUUCUUCUUUAUAUAUAUAUUAUAUGUAAAAUAUAUAUAGUGGUUAUAUUUUAAACAAGCAUGUGAAGUAAAUGCUGAGCAAGCCCCAGCCUGCCCACAAAUCUCCGGCCUCCUCAAGUGAACCCAGCAGACCCUGGGCUGGCAGGAGGAUUCUCCAGUUUCCAGGCAAGGCGGCCUCCCAUUGAUGUCCCAGCCCCACCCGGUUCCCCGACCUGGUCUUGGCCUGUUUCCCUGUAUGUGAUCUGUUGGUCAAGGGUGAGGACAGACGUCUUGAAACAUAAACCCAGUUGGCAGUAUCUUUAUUCCUCAGGGACGUUUUUUACUACCAUAGCCCAGCCAUUGGCCAUGCUUUCAGACCCAUUAAGCUGGCUGCAAGAAAAACUGCCCAAGGAGGCUGCGACCUCGAGGAGGUAGCCCCGGUGGGUUUUCAGUGAGCCCCUAGGCGAUGGGACUGGCCUACUAUGGGCUGGCAGUGACUAAGGCUUGAAGCUGGGAAAGACCCAGGGUCACAGCUCAUGCCUGGACCAGGCUUGUGGCAGACGAUGUGCUAAGGCACAGGGACCAACAGGACCCCUUCUCUUUUUCAUUUUGGGUGGGGGUCCAGGAAGGCCAGGAAGAGCUGUUUGGGUUUGGUGCACGUGGGGAAGGAUAGACAGCCAGCUGCAAGCGGGGGAAAUGGUGGGGAUCUGAAUUGGGCAGGGGUGUAGACUGAGGAGCCAGUUGGACCCCCUUGUGGGCCUCUGGUUCUGGGGAGGCCAGGCUAUAGUCACUUGACA